AUGAUUGUUGCAUUUUGGAAUGUUAGGGGGAUUAACAACCCCCUUAAGCAAAGGAAAAUUUUAAGGAGACUGGUUUCUUUUGAGGUUGAUGUUGUAUGUUUGAUGGAAUCUCGGAUUAGAAGAGAUGGUUCUAUUAAGUUUAUUUCUUCUUUAUCUAGUGACUGGAAUAUUGCUGAGAAUUAUAAUUCUGUUGAAGGAGGUAGACUUUGGAUUUUAUGGAGGAAGAAUCUUUUGCUUUCUGUGCUGAGGAAAUGUGAUCAGGCCAUCACCUUAUUUGGUACUGUUGAUGGGCACAGGACUGGCAUAACUGCCAUUUAUGGUAGCAAUCAUGGGGUCCUUAGGAGAGAUCUUUGGAUUCAUUUGAAGACUGUUGCUAAUUAUUUAAGUUCUUUCUCAUGGGUGGUUGGGGGGGACUUUAACAUCAUUGCUAGUCCUGAGGAAAGUUCUGACUUUGAUGUCAUGGGUGUGCAUUUUACUCCUGAUAUGAGGGAGUUCCAGGAGUUUCUGGAUGAUCUUGAGUUGAUGGAUCAUCCUUUCCUAGGCCCUUUGUUUACAUGGUCAAACAGACAGGAGGGCUCUUUUUUGGCCAAGAAACUUGACAGGAUAUUGGUCAACUCUCAGUGGAUGUUGGAUUUCCCUGAGUCCUUUGUUGAAUUCAAGGCUCAAGGAGUGUCAGACCACUGUCUGGGUUUGUUGUGGUCUAAAAAAGGGUGUAUGUCCAAGAGGCCUAGGCCUUUCAAAUUUUUUAACUGCUGGACUGGCCAUGAGCAGUUUUUGAGUACUGUUCUGGAAUGCUGGCAGGUUCAUUGUGAAGGGAACCCUAUGCAAUGCUUAUUCAGAAAGCUGAAAAGACUCAAGCCUUGCCUCAAGAUAUUAAAUAAGGAAUUCUUUUCGGAUAUUUCUGGUAGAGUUAGUUCCAAGAGAUCUGAGCUAGAACAGCUUCAAGUUUUUAACCUAUCUCAUGUGGAUCAGAGAAGGCUGGAUUAUGAAAAAAUUAUUCAAGCUGAGUUAGUUGACCUGGAAGUUGCUGAGUCUGAGUUUUAUAGGCAAAGAGCUAAAAUGCACUGGUUAAAAGAGGGUGAUUUAAAUACCAGAUUCUUCCAUCAGAAGGUUGAGUCUAAUAAAAAGAAGAAUACCAUCAGAGUUAUUAUGAGUGAAGAGGGCCAGUGUUUUGACUCUUUUGAUGAGAUGGCUGCUGAAUUAGUCAACUUUUUUACUGGUCUCAUUGGUUCCACUGAUCCUAUGGUUAGGGGCUGUUCUUCUGCUAAUCUCAAAGAACUAGGUUGA